AGAAAGAUAAGAAGGGUUCGUGAAAGGCUAAAUGAAAUAUCUGCACUUAAAAGAAAUUUUGAUUUGAAAGAAGAACCAAUAGACACACCUUCAGAUCGAAUUGUACAGAGAGAAACAUACUCAAUUGUAGAUGAGCGAAAGAUUGUUGGGAGAGAUAAAGCUAAAAAUGAUAUUGUGAAGGUGAUUUCAGAAGCUGCUGAAUCUAAUUCUGAUACACUGUCAGUGCUUCCACUAAUUGGAAUGGGAGGUGUAGGCAAGACUGCCCUAGCAAAACUGGUAUUUAAUGACAAACGAACCAAAGAAAAGUUUGAUAAGAUGCUAUGGGCAUGUGUAGCUAAUGUGUCUGAUCUUAAACAUAUAGUAGAUAUUAUCAUACAAUCAGAUAGCGGUGAAAGCAACAAGCAAUUAACCCUAGAAGCACUACAAAAGAAACUUCAUGAGCUUUCAGGAGAUAAGAGAUACUUGCUAGUGUUAGACGACAUAUCACAUGAUAACAUUAAUGAUUGGGAAGAAUUGAUGAACCUGCUACCGAGUGGUAGAAGUGGAAGCAUGAUUUUAAUCACCACGCGUCUCUCAAAAAUUGCAUCAGUAUUGAAGACCAUAGAGCCAUAUGAAGUGCCAAAACUUCCACAUGAAGAAUGCAUGAAAGUAUUUGCUCGAUAUGCAUUCAAAGGACAGAAGGCAAAGGAUACUGAGUUACUAAAAAUUGGAGAAUCCAUUGUACAGAAAUGUGAUGGUCUUCCUUUAGCAGUUAGGACUCUGGGAUCCCUAUUGUCUAUGGAAGAUAUCUCUAAGUGGCAAGAAGUUAAGGAAACAAAUAUCCCGAACACGGAUAUCUUAUCAGUUUUAAAACUGAGUUAUGAUGCACUUCCAUCUGAUUUAAGAGCAUGUUUUGCCAGCUUAUCCACUUUCCCAAAGGACUAUGAGAUUUUCAGAGAACUUUUAAUAAUGUAUUGGAUGGCAAUGGGUCUGUUGAAUACAGCUAGUGGAAGUAAGGAGGCAAUAAGAAUGGGAGAGAGAUAUUUUAGUGAGCUUGCAGGGAGAUCUCUUUUCCAAGACUAUGUUUUUAGUCAUGAUGGCACCAUCUCACAUUGUAAAAUGCAUAGCUUUGUUCAUGACCUAGCAAUAUCUGUAUCUCCCAAUGAGCAUGCAACAAUUAGCUGUGAAAACUUUAGUGCCUCCAAAAGAGUUAAGCAUCUUGUGUGGGACCAGAAGGAGUUCUCAAAGGACCUAAAAUUUCCAAAACAACUGAGAAGGGCAAGGAAGGCAAGGACAUUUGCGAGUAGGCACAACUAUGGUACUGUGAGCAAAUCCUUUCUUGAAGAUCUCUUGGCAACCUUUACACGCCUACGAAUCUUGGUUUUCUCUGAAGUUGAGUUUGAGGAGUUACCAAGUUCAAUUGGAAAUUUGAAGCACCUAAGAUACCUAGAUCUGCAAUGGAAUAUGAAGAUCAAAUACCUUCCCAAUUCUCUGUGUAAGCUGGUGAAUUUGCAAACACUUCAACUUGCUUGGUGCAAAGAACUGGAGGAGCUGCCAAGAGAUGUUAAAAGACUUGUCAGCUUGAGGUACUUAAUCCUCACAUCUAAGCAACAAUAUCUUCCUAAUGAUGCCCUCAUGGGUUGGACUUCCAUGGUAUUUCUACAGAUUAGUGCCUGCCCAAUGUUAACAUCACUGACAGAAGGAUUUGGCAGCCUCAGUGCACUUAGAGAGCUAUUUGUCUUCAAUUGUCCAAAUUUGCCCUCUCUCCCCUCUAGCAUGAACCGGUUAGUCACCCUUCAGAAAUUGGUGAUUCAUAACUGUGAUGAGUUAAAUUUGAUGGAACCAAAGGAAGCAAUGGGUGGAAUGAAGAGUCUCAAAUCAAUUGAACUUGUGGGGCUUCCAAAGUUUGAGACCUUUCCAGAUAGCUUUGCAUCAGCUGCUUCCACUCUUGAAUACCUGAAGGUUAGUGACUGCAAAGAAUUCAAGAAGUUGCCAGAUUUCAUCCAGAGAUUUUCUUCUCUGAAGAAAAUUGAGAUCCCUGAAAGGCGUCAAUAUUCCAGUAAAACCUGGGCAUAG